CACCCUUUCAUUAAGUGGAAACUCAGUCAGCUACCGUAUCAGUGUCGGGCUAAACACUUGCACGCGCACCCCAAUUUCCCUGUUUUACACAGCGAUUUUGCAUUUCCCCUGCAUUCAGCACUGAACAGCUCCCACUCGCGCGUCGAGUCCUGAGAGGAAAUCUAACUCAAAUUCAAAUGCGCCUAUUGUUCUCGUGUAAGUGUUGAGUUCUCGCCGACUCAGCUGACGGGACGAAUCGGAUCGGAUCGGAUCGGGCGCAGCUUUCCGUGACACGAGUGGCGACAAAAGCGCGUCGUGUCUUCCUCUUUUUUCAGCUCGUUGCAAGCUUUGCUCUGCAGAUCUGAGCAAAAGCCGGAGCAUAUGCGUGGUAGAAAUACGCAUGAAUGAGCUUGCUGGAUACUGUGCCCUUUUGGGGUUAUCGAUACGUCAUCGGGAUCUGUGCGGGAUUGGCCGCUUUUUCCGCUUCCUUUUAUAUUUCUUUCUCACAUUUUGCAAACGCGGCCAGUCCUCGCCUCGGGAACGGCUCACAGUUGCGGAAGGCACAUUAGCCGUUUUAUUCAAUUCUUCAAUGGAUCUAUUUUAGGCUGCCUCCCGAGGGAAUCUUGACUUGAAAUCCUUCAGUGCUUGAGGAAUGAGCGCAAGAUUGAAGCUACGGUGAAACACAAGGGGUGGAAAUUCGCCGUCAGCUCUCUUCACAUCAUUUCUUUUCAUUGCUUUUUCCUUUUUUUUUUUUAUUUUUUGUAGACGGGAAAUACGCUUUUUUUUUUAAUCGGACUAAAUGAGCCCCGGGUCCUCCGAAAGCCUGGCGCUUUCGAUCCCACCGUGCACCUCAAAUGGCACGACGAGCGCCAAUGGCACGUGCGCCGACCCCACCGAUCCGCUCUUCCGCUCGUUUUCGUCCACGAUGGUGCUCUUGGUGCUCCUGUCGAUGAUCGCCGGCACCAUCCUGGUCUCCCUCGCCACGUUCCACCUGCACAAGAGCAAGAUGAGGAAGCGCAAGAUACAGAGAGCGCAGGAGGAGUACGAGCGCGACAGCGGCCGCCCCAAAGCCGUGCGAGGCAAACCGGCGAUCAGGCACUGCGUAAUGGAGAGACCCACGGCGGUGCAGAAAAGCGACGUGAACGCGAGACGAUCGGAUCAAGAAGCCGCUGAGGACGCAGGCAUCCCGGAGAUAAAGUGCGCGGACACUACGAGACAUACGAGUCAGACGCACGGAGAUCACCUGUUGGAAUCCGUCGCGGUGUCUUGAUUGACCGCGUUGCCAUCCCGAUCAUCUGACAUUGUAAAUACAUUCCGUGUUUUCGUAUAAUUAUAUUACACGGAGGGAGAUACCGAACCGCUUCUAUACGCAUGAACAGUUCUAAGUCUUCUUCAGCUUCAGGAGGGAGGAGCCCGGGUACAAACAAUGGACGCGUGUUUCAAGGCCAAUAGAUUUAUAACGGUUUAUAAGGUAGUUUGGCUGUGUGUGUCUGGGGAUUGUAUAGAUCUGCUUCUUUCAUCCAUGUGAAUAAAUAGCCCCCCAGUGCUAAAACAAGAAGCAGCCUAAUCUCCUGCUUCAAAGAGCUCAAAAUUCAUCUAGACUGUCAAUCUUGAUGGAUGAUUUGGACCCAUGUGUAAUAUACAAAUAAGAGUAGGAGACAUGUUUGAUGAUGUAUUUGUUGCCAAAAGUCAGGUAUGGCCUAAUGACUGAAUCGAGGAUAUAAAUAGAUGGAAUUUCUGUGCAUUAAAGCUGAAAUAAGGACUAACUAAAAUACAUGGGCUUUUAGACUUAAGUGUAGACUUCUGCAUCAUACUUCCUCAUACAUAUUUACAGUAUUUCCCAAUAGCCUCUGCUCAGCAAGGUCCCCAGUGUUAACACCCACAGUGUAGCAAUUUAACAUUUGAUUUAUGAUAGAACGCUUACAUCUUACAUUUCUCAUUUGCAUCCAGAUAGAAUAACCAAAUAUGGAUAAUGGGCAUGGACAUGCAGGAUAACAGAACACUGUGGAUUUUGCUGUGCACCUUUCUUUAUAGUUGUUUAUUUUUUGAAAAAUGAACAUGUGUAUCGAUAUUAGGCUAAAUCGUGAUCUAAGUUAAUGUCAGGUAGGCCUAAAGUGAGAGCUAAGAACUUUCUCUGAGAGCUUGGCAUGAAGAAGUGUGGUAGUUUAGCCCCCUUUCCCUGAGACUGUUAGCGCACUAUUGCAGUUCCUAGUGGUAGUAUAAACAGCAUCUUUAUAUUUUGGUCACAGUGCCGUAAUCCCCAUAGCGAUAUCCAAUAUACUGUAUAUCCAGAGGUAUUUUAGUUAUGUAUUACGCUACAGCUUUGGAGCAUUGCUUUCUUCUUUGCAUUUUUCGCUCAAGAUUAAUCUAAAAACUAACAUUUAUCUAUUUUACUAUACUAUGACUAUAUCUAAGGAAUGUCAUUUCAAAUCUACAGUGAAUAAGACAUUUUCAAAGUUAUUUUCUGUAUUUCUUUGACGUUGUGUUUAACCAUAAGAAGACAUUCAAUAUAUAUAUAUA